GCCUCGCUGCCUUGUCGCAUGUUUGGUGACGUUCUCCAACUGACUCGAAAGGUCUCCGAUGCGAGGCCUAGCGAAUUUUGUAUUUCUCCGGCCAAUUUUGAGCAAAUGUCCACAUACCUAAACCCGUUUUGAGCGGGUUGUUUUCUUUAUGAGGGAUUUUGUCGGACGAAAGAAGGGCUUCACCUACUCAGCGCGGUCUCCUCGCCAUCGAGUGAAUUAACUCGAAGCGCGUAUCUGGAGUGGAGGAAACGAGGGUUGGAAAGAUGACAUCUCGGAGGUGGUUCCACCCCAAUAUCACUGGUGUGGAGGCUGAGAACCUUCUGCUAACCCGUGGAGUGGACGGGAGCUUCCUGGCCCGUCCCAGCAAGAGCAACCCCGGCGACUUUACCCUAUCUGUCAGGCGAAAUGGGGCGGUCACCCAUAUUAAGAUCCAGAACACAGGGGACUACUAUGACCUGUAUGGAGGGGAGAAGUUUGCUACGUUGGCUGAACUGGUGCAGUACUACAUGGAACACCACGGCCAGCUGAAAGAGAAGAAUGGAGACGUGAUUGAGCUCAAAUACCCUCUCAACUGUGCCGACCCCACUUCAGAGAGGUGGUUUCACGGACACCUUUCGGGUCGGGAGGCGGAGAAGCUACUGACGGAGAAAGGGAAGAAUGGCAGCUUCCUGGUGAGAGAAAGCCAAAGUCAUCCUGGGGAUUUUGUGUUGUCCGUACGAACGGGCGAUGACAAGACAGACAGCAGUGACAGCAAACCCAAAGUGACCCACGUCAUGAUCCGCUGCCAGCAUGAUAUGAAGUAUGAUGUUGGUGGUGGAGAAAAGUUUGACUCCCUGACAGACCUGGUGGAACACUACAAGAAGAACCCCAUGGUGGAAACACUGGGCACAGUGCUUCAGCUGAAACAGCCACUGAACACCACACGCAUUAACGCAGCUGAGAUCGAGAGUAGAGUGCGAGAGCUCAGCAAGCUGGCCGAAGCCACCGAUAAGGUCAAGCAGGGCUUCUGGGAAGAGUUUGAGACACUUCAACAACAGGAAUGCAAGUUGCUCUACAGCCGCAAGGAGGGUCAACGUCCUGAAAACAAAAACAAGAACAGAUACAAAAACAUUCUACCCUUUGACCAUACGCGAGUGGUUCUCAACGAUGGUGACAUGAAUGAGCCAGGCUCUGACUACAUAAACGCCAACAUCAUCAUGCCGGAGUUGGAGUCAAAAUGCAACAAUGCCAGAUUAAAGAAAAGCUACAUCGCCACCCAAGGCUGCCUGCAGAACACAAUAAGUGACUUCUGGAGGAUGGUGUUUCAGGAAAACUCCCGAGUCAUUGUUAUGACAACUAAGGAGGUGGAAAGGGGCAAGAGUAAGUGUGUAAAGUACUGGCCAGAUGUGUCAGCGCUAAAGGAAUAUGGGGCCAUGCGUGUACGCAACGUAAAGGAAACGUCAGCCCAUGAUUACAUCCUCCGAGAACUGAAGCUUUCAAAGGUUGGACAGGGCAAUACAGAGCGCACUGUGUGGCAGUACCAUUUUCGUGCCUGGCCUGACCAUGGCGUACCCACAGACCCUGGUGGUGUCCUGGAUUUCCUGGAGGAGGUCAAGCUGAAGCAGGAGGGCAUUCUAGAGGCCGGCCCAAUUGUGGUGCACUGCAGUGCUGGGAUUGGACGAACAGGAACGUUUAUUGUGAUUGACAUCUUAAUAGACAUCAUCAGAGAAAAAGGAGUGGACUGUGAUAUUGAUGUCCCAAAGACUAUCCAGAUGGUGCGUUCACAGCGCUCAGGGAUGGUGCAGACAGAGGCACAAUACCGCUUCAUCUACAUGGCAGUACAGCAUUACAUAGAGACUCUGCAGCGCCGCAUAGAGGAAGAGCAGAAAAGUAAAAUCAAGGGACGUGAGUAUACAAACAUCAAGUACUCCCUGUCAGAUCUGACCGGAGGUGACCAGAGCCCCCUGCCUCCCUGCACUCCUACGCCAACCUGUGCUGAUAUGCGGGAGGACAGCUCUAGAGUGUAUGAGAAUGUGGGUCUGAUGCAGCAGCAGAAGAGUCACAGAUGAGGCUCAGAAUCCAGCACUGUCCAGCUCACAGGAACCAUUUUUUGUUUUCGCCAGCCGCACCUGAAUGCCUGAAAUGUGAUCAUUGCUACAUGGAAAGAUGAAAAAAAAAUCAGAAAACAU